CGGGGGCGUGGCCGCCCGACGGCGCCCGGGCGGCCGAGGCACCAUGGCGCUGCAGGAGCUGCGCAGCUCGGCCGUGACCUUCCGCCGCAUCCUGGCGCACUUCCCUGAGGAGCUGAGCCUCGCCUUCGCGUACGGCUCCGGGGUCUUCCGGCAGGCGGGGCGCGGCGCGGACGCGCAGGACGCCAUGCUGGACUUCGUGUUCACGGUGGACGACCCUGUGGACUGGCACUCCAGAAACCUGAAGAAGAACUGGAACCACUACUCGUUUCUGAAGGUCUUGGGGCCCAAGCUGAUCUCCACUAUCCAGAACGACUACGGCGCCGGGGUCUACUACAACACCCUGAUCAUGUGUGACGGCAGGCUCAUCAAGUACGGGGUCAUCAGCACGCGCCUCCUGGUCAAGGACCUCCUCAACUGGAAUAGCCUGUACAUCGCCGGGCGACUCCAGAAGCCGGUGAAAAUCCUAGCAAUGAAUGAGAAUGUCAUUCUUAGGUCAGCCCUGGACAGAAACCUGACGAGUGCCGUGACUGCUGCCUUCCUCAUGCUCCCGGAGAGCUUCUCGGAAGAGGAGCUCUUCCUAGAGAUCGCGGGACUCUCCUACGCAGGUGACUUCCGGAUGGUGAUUGGCGAGGACAAGACCAAAGUGCUGAACAUUGUGAAGCCCAACGUAGCCCACUUCCGUGAGCUGUACGGCAGCAUCCUUCAGGAGAACCCCCAGGUGGUGUAUAAGGCCCAGCAAGGCAGGCUGGAGAUAGAUAAAAGCCCAGAAGGACAAUUCACUCAGCUAAUGACAUUGCCCAAAACACUGCAGCAGCGGAUAAACAAGAUCAUGGACCCUCCAGGGAAGAACCGAGACGUGGAAGAGACGUUAUUCCAGCUGGCUCACGACCCUGACUGCGGAGAGGUGGUGCGGCUAGGGCAGAGGGAGGACCUAGAAGCUCGGGGGUCACCAGAAAGAAUAUUCCAGGCUGAGGAGACAGCACAGUGGUCAUGCGGACAGCUUUCCUGCCUGAGGCCCUGAGGCCCCAGGUUCAAUCCCCAGCACCACCACCAGCCAGAGCUGAGCAGGGCUCUGGGACUGGCAGCCAUCGUGAGGCCUUCGAGCAUGAAACAGAGCACCAAAGGCAUUUUUACUGCUGACAGGUAAGUCUGAGGGCAAGGGAGACAGCAUCAUGGUCAUGUUAAGAAGACUUCCGUGCCUGAGGCUCCAGAGUCCAGGUUCGAUCUCCAGCACCACCGUCAGCCAGAGCUGAGCAGGGCUCAGGUGUGAAGAAAUCACUGAUUUACAGCUCCCUGAAGCUUCACAGAAUGUGGAGAGGAUGGCUGAGGGAAACAUCCUGACGCCGCUUGCUUUUGUAUCGCUAUGUACAGACAAUAAACUGAAGCCUUUUUCACAGAA